CUCGCCCUGACCAGCCGGCGUCGCUGCCGGUUUGUGUGUGAGAGCAGAUAUAACAGAAGAAGAAGAAGCGAAGGCGCUGCGGGGAAAAUUAAAAUGUCUGCUCCGAAAACCAUCCCGAAAGACGCUCAGGUGAUGAUCCAGAUCCUGAAGGACAUGGGGAUCACAGAGUAUGAGCCCAGAGUCAUCAACCAGAUGCUGGAGUUCACCUACAGAUACGUGACGACCAUCAUCGAAGACGCCAAAAUUUACGCCACACACGCCAAGAAGUCCACCGUGGACGCAGACGACAUCAAACUGGCGAUCCAGUGCCGCAUGGACCAGUCAUUCACCUCGCCGCCACCGCGAGACUUCUUGCUGGAAGUUGCGAGGCAGAAGAACCAGACUCCUCUUCCUCUGAUCAAACCCUACACCGGACCUCGACUUCCUCCAGACCGCUACUGUCUGACCGCCCCCAACUACAGACUCAAGUCCAUACAGAAGAAGGUGUCGUCGUCGGCUGGCAGGAUAUCUGUGCCUCGCCUCAGUGUCGGCGCCGUCUCCAGCCGACCGUCCACGCCGACGCUCGGAACUCCGUCUGUCCAGUCCGUCACCACCAAAGUCGGAGCUCCGGUGUCUCUGACGGGUCAGAGGUUCACCGUGCAGAUCCCUCCACCCUCCCAGACGGCCACCCCCAAGACCACGACGCCGUCCACGCCGGCCGUCUCCAACGUCCUCAUCAACCCGUCUCUGAUUGGCUCCAAAAACAUCCUCAUCACCACCAACAUGGUGUCACAGAACACGGGCGGGGAGUCGCUGAAGAGGAAGCACGAGGACGACGACGACUACGACGCUUUAUGACGGCGAGACUGAAGACGCCGCCUCUUUUUAAAUUAACGUUUUUCAUAAUCCUGAAAAAUAAACAGUAAAAAUAAAAGACUGACCCCUGACACUGUUCUCACUAGAAACUUUACAUCAGGGCUCAUCCAGAACAACAGUGUGUUAGUUUAACUUUUCUAGAACAUGUUAACCGGAGGCCUCCACCUGUUCACACUGGGAACUCACCAGUAACACCAGUAACACCAGUAACACCAGUAACACCAGUAACACCAGUCUGCUGCAGGGCCCGGACUGUGGAGCACAGAAACCUGCUCUGAUGUGAUUUACAAUAAACUGCUAUAAAAUGAAAACGAGCCGCGUCUGUUUGUAAAAGGAAACUACGUUACCAUGGUGAUGUUUGUUUGGUGCUCAGGUGAACGCCACGACACUGACAUCACUGUCGGCUCCUUUACGUAGGUAGAAGUACUAAUGCUGUAACAUGCUGUUCACCAUUCACUCAAAUAAAGCAUCGAUAUAAGUCUUCAAAGUAAAAGUUUUCUGACACUUUGAAGCUGCAACGAUCAAUUACUUUGUUAAAUCUGUAAUUCAUCAACUCAAUCUAUUAAUAAAAUAAUACCUACUUUUACGCAACUUUAAAUCCAGGACUUUUAGCUUUCAUUAAGUAUUUUUACAGUCUGGAGAGACGUCACUGUCACAUUAAGGCAUCACUUAUAUGAUUAUCAAAAUAAUUGCCAAUUAAUGUUCUGCCCAUCAGUUAAUCACACGAAGUAUUGGAGACACAUCGAGGACAAAAAAAUAAAUCUUAAAUUUCAAUCACAAAUCUGAGCUAUAUACAUAUAUAUAUUUAUAUAUGAAAAUAAAAACUGCAUGAAUUUUUUAACUCGGACGAUGUUUCACCAGAACAGCUUCAGUUAAAUAUUCACUCCUCACCUACACACUGAGCACACAACAGCAGUAUCUGUUAGUUCAUUUUACCUUUAAUAAUAAAAAGAAAACUAAAAUAGAAAUCUCAAAAUAAAAAAUACAUGGCAAAACAAUAGACUCUUAAAUGAUUAUGAGAAUAAUCAUGGUCGCAAAUGAUGAUACAGUAUAAGUAAUAAUAAUAAUUAUAGUCACCAUAAUAAUAUUAAUAAUCAGAAGCAUUAUAAUCGUAAUUCUAUCUUUUCUGGUGUUUGUCCCACCAGCAGAAAUCACCUCCUGUUUUAUAGACAUUAUGGUAAAAGCAUCGCACAGGCCGGGGCGUGGCACUUGUCAAAAUAUUUUCACACUUAGCGAAGUUACCCCACAUAUGCACGAAGAAAUAAGGACAGAAUCACAGCUCGUACGAUUCACAGCACUGCUUGGAAAAAAAAACCAAAAUUAAAUUAAAUCAGAAAUCAAAAACAUGCUCUGUGUCGGUUUCUUCUUCUUCUUCUUCUUCUUUGUCCCUUCUGGGUCGCAGCUUCAUUGACUGACUGAGUGGAGGAGGGCGGGAAUUUGGCAGUUUUUAAGAUUUUAAAAAAUAAAAGCGGGUUUUGCGUGAAGCUGGUCGACGACCCGAUGAUGAGCUUCGUAACUCGUCAAAAACAUCGAUAAACUGUUUUUGAAAAAUGGCCGAGCUUUAAAAAAAAAAAACAAAAAAAAAACAAAAAACAGAUCAACAUUCUUCUUCUUCGUUUCCUGAAAUAAGCAAAAGAAAGUAACGUCUGCAGUUCUGUGGGUUUGUCUGUCCGGUGAAAGUGCAGUGCUCCUGUGUGUCUGAAAUGUCGUCUGUGCAGUUUGUUGUUUUUUUGGGGGGAAAAAAAAACAAAAACAAAAACAAAAACAAA